UUUGCACAGGGAAAUGGGACGAAGAGGAGAAGAAGAGUUGGGUGUGUUGGGUUGGAUUGCUUCUGUCGGCAGAGGAGAACCGAUGAGAUGCCACGUGGUGGCGGCGUGCCAGCCAGGCCCUCAGGGACAUCACGGAGCACCUGGACUCCUCUGCACCACCCUGUGUCCAACAGCAAGGUGUUUGAAGAGAGGCGGAACCUUCUGGCAAAGUGGAUGGACGGGUGGUCUGGGAGCCAGAGGACAGCCGUGCUGCAGGACUUGGUGCUGAGCUGCUCGGUGGAGCAGCUGCGGUUCCUGAGCAGCAGCGUGAGCAGACGGCUCCCCCUGCAGGCCGCAGACUUCUCCUGCCUGCUGCCCAGAGCCAUCUGCCUCUACGUCUUCUCCUUCCUGGACCCCCGCAGCCUCUGUCGAUGUGCCCGGGUGAGCUGGCACUGGAGGAGCAUGGUGGAACUGGACCAGCUGUGGAUGCCCAAGUGCGUGAAGCGGGGCUGGUGCAUCAGCUUCUCCCCCUCCCCUCUGGAGCAGGGCGUGUGGAAGAGACACUACAUCCAGGCGGUGCUGGAGCUGCAGGCUGGGAGAUCAGAUCCAGAACCAGCUCAGCGGUCCCACACCAAGCACUACGGCUCAGCAGGAGCCCUCACACAGAGCAGGCCCACAAGCUUACAAGGAAGGGCCCUCAUCAGGCAGGAGGCCCCCGCGUCCUUCACACACUCACCUGUGAGCAUCUCCGGGGCGCCACCAACAAGAGGGAGGCCAUGGAGAGGCUCUGACCGGCGUCCCAGAGACACCCUGCGCUUCAACUACCUGGACAACGGGCAGCCGGGUGCCGGAGCUCCUGCACCCCAGAGGACACCACCCGAGGCGCAUCACAAGCCCAGCCAAGCCAAAUCGCUGAUGCUCCUCAGCUGUAGACCCCAACCUCCUCCUCCUGCUCCUCCUCUUCCUCCCCCUGAGGCCCCAUGGCGACCACCCUGGGCGUCUGGCAAUCACGGCCCCCCCGUCACCCAGGAGACCGCCACCGGCCUGCUGCGCCUGACCCGGUGGAAUGCCGGGGUCCGCCCGGGCCCGGUGAGGUCGGCGGUGCCGCGGGUCAGCGAGGAGGCGCUCAGGGCGUUCCAGCGCUCACACCGCAGCGCCCCUAGUACACCACUGUUUGGGGUUCAGUUCUGGACCAGCUGUGCUCCACGCACACAUCUGGAGGAGCGCGGAGCCACGGCGUCAGGACCAGAUUGACUGCAGCUCUGCACUCGCGUGGUGUGGUUUGAUGUCCUGUGUACGUCUCCACGGAUAGAAUUCGUGUUAAUGAGGAAACGUGGAGCAGUUAAAUGGGCUGCUAAAGUUAACAUGUGCAGGGGGCGCUAUUGAGCCAAAAUGCUAUGUAGAAGCAUUAAAAUCAUAUGAAGUAACUACAUCUUUAACCGUUUUCCAAGUUUAGUAAAAAUUGGAGCAUAUUUAGUGCUUCAAAAGCACCUUCAUUGACUGUAAAUAACGGCAACACGAAACAAAAUGAUUUGAAUGCAUUUUAAUCAGCGAGGCCUUGGGAUUGUUUCACCAAACAUUCAAAGUCCCAGGGAGGAGUUUGUCAAAGUACCGCGUCUAGGAAGUGAAAAAAGUAAAUAUCUACACAAAAAAUAAUAACUGAAUAUUAUAAGUUACUUCCUGUUAAUCUUAGAGCAAGAGAGCCAAGUCUUCCUGCUGUACAUAUGUCCAGAUACCCAAAACUCCCAAUAUUCAAUGUGAACUAUCAAAGUCCCAAGGAUUCAAGAUUCAUUAGAUAAAUGGACUAGAAGUAGCUCAUUAAAGUGUAAAACGUUUGUGUUUAUCUAUGCCAAUAGGUGGAGCCAUCGUUUUUUAAAGACAAUUGCAUGAGAAUACGUUAAGUCCUACAUUAGCAUCAUGAAAAAUAGAUAAAAACGUUCCUUAGAGUUAUAAUAUUUUACGUUUUCAAGAAAAUCGACCAAAAUGGAUGCCAGGCCACGCCCACGUAGCUGCAUGAAAACGCUGGAUUUGAAUGAUUUUUGACCACACAGGUUUCAGGAUUAAUUUGCCUGAAUUUAAAAUUUAUCUCUCAGAGAAGUUGGUUCAUUUAUGAAUCAAAAAUACGAUGGAAAUUUGAAAAAAACAAGCAAAAACUCCCCCUAAUUCGAAUAGUUCCAACAUUCUGAAAAAAUGCAGGUACGCUCAAUGUGAACACAUCCUAGAGGUAACUAUUAGGCCACACCCCUAACAACCUUCAUUCGUCCAUAACUUUGAUUAAUAAUGAGAUAAAGCCUCUCAUCAUUUCAGAUGGCAUUGAUCCAAUAACGAGAUCCUGAACAUGACGACCGAGCGUCAGGGAGUUAAAAAAAUCCGCUGUUUGCAUGAUUGACUUUUUUUGUGGAACACGUCCAAGAGCACCUGUGUGCCAAAUGUCAAGUUAAUCGGUGAAACGGGGCAAAAAUCUCCGAUUGUUUUAACCAUGAAUGCAUGCGCAUUUAGGGUAUGGAAAUGAUUCACACUUCUGAUGCGUAGCUGAAUUUGGAUUACAGUGUGUAAUAAUAGUUCCUAGAAACAGACUUUCAGUCAGGUCAGGCCCUAAAAACUGCACCAUGUUUGCAGUGAACCGUUGGAGAAAUAGAACCAGUAGAACAAAACCUCCUAUUAUUCUU